AUGGACACAUCGACCCCCUCUAUCUAUCCAUCCUCUCUCGCUACUGUUCUUCUGCUCCUGCCCUCCGCACCCGGCCGCACAGCCGCACAUCUUGCCUGCAUUGUGUUUCACUACACGGCCUUCACGGGCUUCCUUGGUCCCUCACGACGCCUGCACGCGUCCGCUCGCACUUCCCGUUACUAUCACCUCCACAGUCUGUCUGAUCAGCAUGCUCCCUGUCCCCCUAUCCAUACAUCACGCGUCCGGGAACAAGAAUCUAAGCAUCCAGCUGACUUUAGCAAGCAACCAGACAAUGGUGCUCAUAAUGACGACAACAACAAUGAUGAAGGGCCAAGGCCCUCAGGUUCUGGAGGUGCUUCUUCAGCCAGCCAGCCCAGUGGAUCUUCUGGAGGAACUAUGGGAGGCAAUGCAAUAAUAUUCAAAGGCAUACCUACGAAUCACACGUAUCAGGCUCUAAGUCUCUUACACUGGGCGGGAACGGAACCCGAGCCACCCACGACACGCUGCCUCCUUGACUUAAAGACGACGCUUGAAUGA